AUGGAGACCUCGAUUACUCCCGACAGUCAGAUGGCUUCGCAGCCUGAAAUCCUCGAGGUCUCAGAUGACGACACAGCGAGCGACGUAGCAAGCCCUGCUGUAACUAAUAUAGCGAAUAACAAUCAACCACCCACCGUACACACAAUGCGUCCACCGCCCCACGGCAAGCGCCUAAGAACUGAAGAUAGCCUUACUUCUUUUCUAGAUUCUUUCGCAGCUACUGAAGGGUAUGCGAUAUCUCUGCGGCGUUCUGCUAAAAAGGGGAAGUUGGGCGCGAAGAAGCUGUACCAGUGUACCCGUAGCGGCCAGUCCUCUUCUCAAAAGUCCAACGAUGCGGACAGCAGUCCACGUAAAAUCAACUGUCCUUUCAUCUUCUCCGUGGAUUGCUUGAAAAGAACAGGCUUCGAAUGGGAAAUCGAUACCCUUAGCACCCUGCCACAUAACCACGGCCCUGCAAACAAUCCCCGUCUGGACCCUUUGAGGCAAAUCGAUCUCGAGGCUAGUGCAGAGCUGGGUGGUCAGCUGCCCGACUGGUUAGAAAAUCGGAACGAGACCAUGGCGCGUGUUGACGCAGAAGCAAUCAUCCAUGGAGAGAUUGACUCUCGUGUCGAACACAUCCGCUUCAUCAAUGACGAGAUCCAUUCAAACCCAGAGCUGGCUUAUGAGGAACACCAAGCUCAUGAUACCUUCGUCAACCUCCUGACCAAGCUCGGCUUCACAGUUGUCCCACAUGCUUUCGGUCUCGAGACAGCCUUCUCGGCCGAGUAUGGGUUGGGCGGCAGACUCAUCAUCUUCAACGCCGAGUACGACGCACUGCCGGGGAUCGGCCACGCCUGCGGGCACAACCUGAUCGCCUCCGCGAGCCUCGCUGCCUUCCUCGGCACAGCCGCCGCACUGAAGACCUCCAGGUCCCCGGGACGGGUCCGGCUGCUCGGCACUCCGGCAGAGGAAGGCGGCGGCGGCAAGCUUAAGCUGAUCGAGGCCGGCGCCUACAGGGGUUGCGCGGCCAGCCUGAUGGUCCACCCGGGCCCGGGCUACCGCCUGUCCGCCCCGGUGCGCGGCGUCUCGUACGUGCCGAUGCUGGCAAACGUCAAGAAGCGCGUGCACUUCACCGGCAGGGAAGCACAUGCGGCCAUGGCACCCUGGGAGGGCGCCAACGCCCUCGACGCGGUGUGUCUCUCGUACAACGCCAUCGCCAUGUUGCGACAGCAGAUCCGGCCGUACGAGCGCAUCCACGGCGUCUUUCGGCAGGCUGGUGACCGGCCCAACGUCAUUCCUGCGCAUUGUACCGUUGAGUACUACGUCCGCAGUAAUACUAAGGCGCAUGCGGAAACCUUGUGGCUACGCGUGCUGAAGUGCUUUGAGGGGGCGGCGCUUGCGACAGAAUGCAAGUUUGAGGUCGAGACUCUGAAUUCCUAUGCAGACGUACGAGCGAGCAAGAAGCUGUGCGAGGCGUACGUGGAUGCCAUGCCGCGCGGUACCGUCCACCCAAGUGAGCCAAGCGACUUCCUUGCUGGCAGCACAGAUAUGGGCGAUGUCUGUUAUGAGUGCCCUGGCUUCCACGGUGCCUUUGGGAUAGACACUCAGGUGGGCGAGGGGAAUCACACGAAGGGCUUUGCCGCUGCGGCAGGUACGGAUGAAUCCUUUGAUAGAGCGGUGGAAUGCGGCAAGGGGAUGGCUCUCGUCGCGUGGAGAACGCUGAGUGAUGACGGUUUCGCGGGUCAAGUGCUCCGAGAAUGGAAAGUGGACACGAAGCACGCAGCUGAGGGCAAUUGA